CGGUCAGAUUGCGUGCACAUUUUGAGAAUGUAAUUUUGAUCAAACUGUAUGUUUUUUUUUUUGCAGAAUACUAUUUGUUAAAAUUGUACUAUCUUAAAUAUAUGGUGUGUUCACGUUUUAAUCCCAUGAUGGGACACAAAGGAUUUUCGGUCGCAGUCCUGGUUUGCAGCGUUUCUUUCUUUCUUCUCACACUGCACUCCGCCUAUGGAGACGUGAGCUAUUCUUUUCCCGAGGAGAUGAAACGCGGAUCUGUGAUUGGAAAUAUAGCCAAYGAUCUCGGACUGGAGGCGAGCAGACUGUCCGCUCGCAAGGCCCGUAUUGAUACKGAAGGGAACCGCAAACGUUAUUGUGACAUUAAUCUGAGCACCGGAGAUCUUAUUGUUGCGGAAAGGAUUGACAGAGAGGGGCUUUGUGGCAAGAAGAUUUCGUGCGUUUUAAAUCAGGAACUUGUAUUAGAGAAUCCGUUGGAGCUGCAACGUAUUAGUCUUCAUGUUCAAGAUAUAAAUGAUAAUUCCCCACAAUUUAAUGAGCACAUGAUAGAUAUGGAAAUAAGCGAAUCGGCAUCUAAAGGCGCUCGUUUCUUAUUAGGAGAGGCCCAUGACGCAGACAUAGGACACAACUCAGUCCAAACAUACACGCUAGAAAGGAAUGAGAAUUUCGUUUUGAUUGUUGACAGUAACAGUGUUGAGCUUGUUCUAGAGAAAGAGCUCGAUCGAGAACAAAAGAACGAUCUCAAAUUAUUACUCACGACGAUGGACGGUGGCACUCCGCAGAGAUCAGGUACUGUGGUCAUACACGUCACUGUCCUGGAUGCUAACGAUAAUGCCCCAGUGUUUAGCCAGGCCGUCUAUAAAGUCAGUCUCCAGGAAAACUCUCCUUUAGAUACUGUAGUGGUAACAGUGAGUGCUACAGAUGCAGAUGAGGGCGUGAACGGGGAGAUGGCUUAUGACUUCGAUCACAUUUCAGAUGAGGAUAAGACAGUAUUUUCUAUGGACCGUAAGACAGGAAUAAUUAAAGUUAUCGGCGCUGUUGACUUUGAAGACGUUCCGUUGUUUGAGCUGCGCAUUAAAGCGAAGGAUGGUUUAGGCUUAGCCUCAUAUGCCAAAGUGAUAAUAGAAAUUACUGACAUAAAUGACAACGCCCCAGUGAUAUAUCUAAAAUCUCUGAGUAACCCCAUACCUGAGAACGCGUCACCUGGUACAGAGGUGGGCAUCAUUAACGUGCAGGAUAGAGACUCUGAGAAUAACCGUCAGGUCCGAUGCUCCAUUCAGCAAAACGUUCCUUUUAAGCUGGUGCCAUCCAUCAAAAACUACUAUUCUCUGGUGACCACGGGCGAACUGGACCGUGAACUAGUGUCUGAUUACAACAUUACAAUCAUUGCCACCGACGAGGGCUCUCCGCCUCUGUCCUCCUCUAAAAGUGUUCAGUUAUCUGUAGCUGACGUGAACGACAACCCACCUGUGUUUGAGGAACAGUCCUAUAGCGCCCACGUGACUGAAAAUAACCAACCUGGUUCCUCCGUGUGUUCCGUUACUGCUCGAGACCCAGACUGGAGACAGAAUGGCACAGUUAUUUAUUCCCUUUUACCUGGCGAGAUGAACGGUGUCCCGGUGUCCUCAUUGUUAUCUGUUAACGGAGACACUGGGGUGAUCCACGCUGUGAGGUCAUUUGAUUAUGAACAGUUCAGGAGCUUUAAAGUCCACGUUGUGGCCAGGGACAACGGUUCUCCUCCGCUCAGCAGCAACGUCACCGUCAGUGUGUUCAUAACGGAUGUGAAUGACAACUCUCCUCAGAUACUAUAUCCCGCUCCGGAGGGGAACUCUUUCAUGACCGAGCUGGUCCCCAAAGCUGCACACGGGGGCUCUCUGGUUUCCAAGGUGAUAGCGGUGGACGCGGACUCCGGCCAGAACGCCUGGCUGUCCUAUCAUAUAGUCAAAUCCACUGAUCCGGGACUUUUCACUAUUGGUCUCCACAGCGGAGAGAUCAGGACACAGCGGGACAUUUCUGAAUCUGACAGCAUGAAACAGAACCUUAUUGUGUCAGUAAAAGAUAACGGACAGCCCUCUCUCUCUGCGACCUGUGCCAUGUAUUUAGUGAUUUCUGAUAACUUGGCUGAAGUGCCYGAACUGAAAGAUAUAUCUUAUGAUGAGAGCAAUUCCAAACUCACCUCUUAUCUGAUCAUCGCGCUGGUGUCCGUCUCCACCUUUUUCCUCACCUUCAUUGUUGUCAUCCUGGCCGUGAGGUUUUGCCGCAGGAGAAAGCCCAGACUGUUGUUUGACGGAGCGGUCGCUAUCCCAAGUGCUUAUCUCCCGCCCAACUACGCAGAUGUGGAUGGAGCGGGAACUCUCCGCAGCACCUACAAUUAUGACGCCUACCUGACGACGGGUUCACGCACAAGUGACUUCAACUUUGUCACAUCUUACAUUGACACCACCCUGCCUGCGGAUCAGACUUUGAGAAAAACUCCAAAAGACUUUGCUGAAGAACUUGAUGAUUCUGAUGUGUCCUCACAGGUAGGCCUGAACUGUAAAUAA